AUGCAGCAACAGCGCGGCUACAACAACGGCGGUCCGGUCGUGGAGCAGCGCUCCAUCCGUACCACGUUUGCGCCGGAGGGUCGCAUCAUGCGGGUCCCGCACCAGCGCUCGGGUGAGCGGAACGGCAUCAUGCGGAACGGAAACGGCAACAACGGUGGUCCACCGGGAAACGGCAACAACAAUGGAGGUCCCCGUGACAUCAACAAUAACAUGGUGCACAAUAACUUCCAGGACCAGCAGUACAGUCUGUCUGACUACAUGAUGACCAAGCAGGACUACGGUAACGGGAUGCCCCCGAAUUACGGGAACAACAGUAAUAAUCUCGACUUGGGGAACAACGCCAACAACCUGAUGCGGCAGCAGCUGGUCCGCGACCGCAGCAACUACAGCGACCAGCAGCGGCUGGUCGACGAGAUGACGUUGCGCGCGCAGUGGGCGGUCGCGAACGGCGGUAACAACAACGGGCCGAACCCGAACAACCUGAUGGGUGGUGGGGGUGGCGGACCGGGUGGAAAUCGCAAUAACAUGAUGAGCACCACGGUGAACCAGGGCUUUCGCAACCCGGCCUACGAAAACCAGAUGAACCGCGAGACCGCGGCGGCCGCGGAGCAGGCAUUGCAGCUGCUGGCCCACCAGCGCAACAACCAGCGCGGGUACAACAACGCGAUGCGGUUGGAUUCCGGCUACGAGUUCGGGAACCCGAGCCAGAACGGGUCCACGCCGCGCGGGUAUCCGGGCAACUUCAACGCCUCGCCGGCGAACUACCGCGAUCAGAUGGACAACUACAACAACCGCCAGCUGGAUCUCGCGUACUACGAGUCGCAGCUGCAGCAGCGGGGCAGUUUGUCCACCACCAACACCACCUCGGGCGGCAUGACCAGUUACAACAGCAACAAUUUCAUGGACGGUGGCGACGGUGGUGGUCCGCGCGGGGGUCCGCAGAACGGUCGAGGGUUCACCGAGUACAGCCAGUUUUCGAAGGACAAUGGGAAUAACUACAACGACAAUUACCACCCCAGCAAGCGGAUCAGCAAGGGCAACAGCUCGGGCGGCAACAGCAAGGGCGCUGGAAAAGGUAAGGGGAAGGGCAAAAAUCCCCGCAUGUCGCCGCAGAGCGGGUACACCGACGGAUCGUCCGGUGAUCGCAAGUACAACUCCACGUCCAGCGACGGGAAGGGAAAGGGCAAAGGCAAGGGGAAGAACAGUAUAGAUACGAGAAGUUUUUUACUUCGCAUAGACUGCAUGAUCGAUAAGUUAGAGUUUGAGGUUGAGGUAGGAAAAUCCCGCAGAUAGCCAUGAUUUUUACGUGCGCGAUUUUUCAUUUGCAUAUACGCCGCGGAUAAGUUGCACAGGAGCUGAUAAAGCAUCAGCGCCAGCAACCAGCGUUGUUCACCACAGAUGUACGCAGCGCCUCCUCGUGAGGCAGUUCGUUUCCGUUGCGUCAUGAAGAAAAUUGGGCGAAACUUCUAUUUUCACAGGUAAUGCGGCCAAGAAAGGCAAGAGUACCAUGAUUGGCGGUCCUUCCAGACCGGGCAACAACAAUUCCAAGCCAGAACCGGGCAAGCACCUGCAGAAGUUGGAAGAGGCCGAAGCGUCUCGCCGCCGAGGUCAGCCCGCUUCCAAGGUACAAAAGCCGUUCCUUUCGCAAGUAGACCCGAAGACAGUUUUUCGUCUUUCUUUCGUCGGAAAAAUGAGGUGUACAAAAUUGAAUAAAGAGACUUUUUUCUGCCCUUGGAAAGGCAAGUAAUUAAGAUAGAAUGAAUGUGAGCUUGUCUGUGAACUCCUCUGCAGGAACUGGAAGAGUGGCGGGACAAGGGGACCUUCGAUUUCUCGCACAUUGUCCAGAAGGGCAGCGGCGAAGAGCUGAUGGAAUUCUCCAAGUGCCCGGACGCGCACGAGGCCGUGGUGCGUGCCAUGGAAAACGAUGACACCUCUGUGGAGUUGCGUCGUGCGGCGCUCGAGAUUUUCGCGAACAACAUCGUAAAAUUUUUCCUAUGUUGCAACUUUUUGCGUGGCGCACCUUCACCUCUCUUUCAAGCAAGCUGUAGUCGUUGAAUUUGCUGAUGAUGCAAACAAGCUGCUUUUGAUCGGAAUGACUUGCGACUCAAGGUUGUCAAACGCAUAACAACAGGUCUCCUUGUGCAACGACGUAUUCGCGCAUAACAUCGUGCGGAGUUUGUUCGAGAGUUCCGCCAGCUGCGGUAUGUCCCCCCUGGAACAGAAAACCAUGUUGAUUAACGCCAUGAAGACAAAGGUAUUAUCCGUGAUUUCGCCGCUUUUUGGUCAUGCGAGAGCGAAUGUCAACGGAAAAGUAUUUGUUGGUUGUGUUACCGCUACCAUUUACACUUCGACUUCCACCCUUUUCAAGAAAGUUUAUUGUGCAAAAACCGAUCCGGGUAGUUCUAUUUCCAUUAGUCUGUUCUCCGAUUAAAACACAGGUCUUCGAUAUCGCUGUCCACGAGACGGGGUGCCGCACUCUGCAGCGCAUUCUGGAGGUGUUAAACGUGGAUUUGCAGCUGGAGCUCGCCAAGGAUAUGUCCGGCCAGGUGCUGGAUGCCGUCGAGGACCAGAACGGAAAUCACGUUCUGCAAAAAUUCUUCGAGCGGAUGCCCACCGGGAAGGUUUGUUCAUGAAUUCCCUUCAUUCCUUUUUUUCAGCACCCCAAUUAAUACGAGUUGUAUCCAGCCGAUAAGUUGAGAUGAAACAUCGUGGCGUUAGAAAGGGAUGACUCUGAUGAUCCCUCACAUCAAUACUCGAUUACAUGUACAACCACAGGUGCAAUUCAUCAUUGACGCGUUCCGGGGCCACGUCCCGCGGAUGGCGACGCACUGCUACGGCUCGCGCGUAUUGCAGCGGAUCAUCGAGUAUUGCGACCCGGAGCAGGUGGCAAAAAUCUACGACGAGAUUCACGCCAACAAUCUGAGCGUAUUCAUCCACGACGCGUAUGGCAAUUAUGUGAUCCAGAAUAUGGUGGAGUACGGAAGGCAGGAGGACCGGGACCGCGUGUUCGCGAUCGUGAACAAGAACAUGGCGGCCAUGAGUUGCCACAAGUUCGCAUCCAACGUGGUGGAGAAGAGUAUCCAACAGGCCAAUCGAAAGGACCGACAGAAUUUCGUCACAGUCUCGAUCGGAAAGCCGGUAUUGGUUUAUUUGCGAGGAAGAACUGACAGAAUCUUCUUGUUUUUUUGUGUAUGACAGUUUUUCGCAUUCAAACAUCCUGUACGCGGCUCGUCGUUGCAGUUUUUAUAACUGUGAAGGCUCAACUAGCAACUCCCUGUAUAGUAUGAUCACUUUAAUCCUGGCUAACUGGAGCAGUGAACACAGAGUGACAAUAAACUCAACAUAACCCUGAACAGCUGAAGGAAGACGGCGAUGAAGAUCCGACGACGCCGUUGAUGCGCGCCAACGCGGUGCCACCAGCGGUGACGAUGAUGAAGGAUAAGUAUGGAAACUAUGUGGUCCAGAAGUUGAUGCAGGUCGCGGAGGGCCAGGUCCGCGACGAGAUUGUGGAGCUGAUGCGACAGUACAUUGAAACGCUCGAGCGGUUACCAUAUGGACGGCACAUUCUGUUUGCGCUGCGUGAGGGAGAGUUCGGCUUCGCCGAUAACAACAAAAAGGCCAGCACCGUAUCCAACGGCUCCGAGGGAACCGAGGCGGGCUAA